CAAAUAGUCUAACUAAAAAUUGUGACCAGGUAGUUUCCAAGCAAUGGGAUACUCCAUGCCUUCAAAGUUCAAACGAAUCCCUCGCCUCUUUAAAUAUUUUUCAAUUCAGCUCAGGCAAUUCCCCUCCUGGUGUUCUCUUCUCUCUCAUCUCCACCUCCAUCUCCAUCUCCAUCUCUAGUUCUUUCUCCGAAUCCACAUUAGCCAACCCAGUCAAGCUUGCUGACACUGAAUGGGCUUGGCGGCGAAGCUCAGCGCCACCGUCCUCCUCCUCUGCAUGUUGGCGGCGGCGGCGCCGGUCUCCGCCCAGAACCUCAAACCCUUCACCAAACCAUUCGGACCCUUCAACGACACCCCCGCCCACUACGAACCCAUAUUCGCUGUUAUACAAUCAGCAAGAAUCAGCAACAAUGCCCUCCAAAUCACCCCAGACACCGCCUCCCUUUCCGACCAAUUCAAUUUCACCUUCGAUCAAUAUGGACGAGUCAUGCUCAGACAACGCUUCAAGCUCUGGGAAGACAACAACAACACCACCAAACCCAACAGAGUCGCUUCUUUCAACUCCUCUUUCCUUGUCAAUCUCGACAGCGUCAAUGGUUUCGUCCCCGCUGAAGGACUCACCUUCGUCGUUGCCCCUGACCUCAACAUUCCACCGCUCAGCUACGGCCAGUAUUUGGGCCUAACCAACUUAACCACCGAUGGAAACUCCACCAACCAUUUCAUCGCCGUCGAGCUCGACACUUUCAAGCAAGACUUCGACCCAGAUGCCAAUCACGUAGGUCUCAACAUCAACAGCGUCAGAUCUGUAAACACUACGUCGUUAACCCCACUCGGAAUCGAGCUCUCUCCGCCUGGAAGAACCAGUUUUUUCAAUGUUUGGGUUCAGUACGACGGAACCCGGAAGGUGAUUGAGGUUUACAUCGCGCAACAAGCUAACAGAUCUGAUCCUACGCCGCCGAGGCCCGCCGUGCCGGUUCUCAGAUCGGAUUUGAAUAUCAGGGAUGUGCUGAAUCAGUACUCGUAUUUUGGGUUCUCGGCAUCUACUGGGUCCAAAGCCACCAACUCCACACAGCUCAACUGCGUCCUGAUGUGGAACAUGACGGUGGAGUAUUUCCCGGAGGACAAGCAAGAGUGGGUGAAGAUCCUCCUCGGUGUCGGAAUCCCGGUACUGGUGGUGCUGCUGAUUGGGUUGGUGGGUUUGGGCUAUUACCUCCGCAAGAAGAGGAUGCCAAGGUCUAAUUCCAACAUUUUGGGGGCUCUGAAGAGCUUGCCUGGAACCCCGAGAGAGUUCUUCUUCAAGCAUUUGAAGAAAGCUACUAACAAUUUUGAUGAGAAGAACAAGCUGGGUCAAGGUGCUUAUGGUGUUGUUUAUAAAGGGGUUCUCCAAAAUGAGAAUUUGGAAGUGGCUGUCAAGUGUUUUUCCAGAGGGAGUUUGAAGGGUGAGGAUGAUUUCUUGUCUGAACUCACCAUCAUCAAUCGUCUUCGCCACAAACAUCUUGUUCGAUUGCUUGGAUGGUGUCACAAGAAUGGGAAGCUGUUGCUGGUUUACGACUACAUGCCCAAUGGCAGCCUUGACAAGCACCUUUUUGGCGGAGCAGAUAGCAAGCCACUGAGCUGGACUCUGCGUUGCAAGAUCAUCUCUGGGGUAGCCUCUGCUCUACACUACCUCCACAACGAGUAUGAUCAAAGGGUGGUGCACCGUGACCUCAAGGCCAGCAACAUCAUGCUCGAGUCUGACUUCAACGCCAGACUCGGCGACUUUGGCCUUGCUCGUGCCCUAGACAACGAAAAGACCUCAUACGCAGAGGCCGAGGGCGUGCACGGCACAAUGGGCUACAUUGCGCCUGAAUGCUUCCACACAGGCAAGGCCACCCAACAGUCCGAUGUCUAUGCAUUUGGGGCAGUUUUGUUGGAAGUAGUGUGUGGUCUACGACCUGGGACCCAGAUUGGCGGGUUCCAAUUGUUGGUGGACUGGGUUUGGUCUCUGCACCGUGAAGGCCGGUUAUUGGAUGCUAUGGACAAGAGGCUCGGGAACGACUACGUGGUAGAGGAAGCUCAGAAAGUGCUGCUUCUAGGUUUGGCGUGUUCGCAUCCAAUUGCAAGCGAAAGGCCUAAAAGUCAGGCUAUCAUUCAGAUAAUAUCGGGUUCGGUGCCUGGGCCACAUGUGGCGCCAUUCAAGCCGGCUUUUGUGUGGCCAUCAAUGCCAAUGGGAGACGAAGAUAUCAGUCAGGCAACUACGAUAGACACGAGAUCCUUUGCAACCUCCCAUUUUGGGUCAGGAGGAUGGACUCCACAAUGCGUCAGCCGAGAGUACAACAGCCCACACAAUCACAGUGGCAACUUCAGUGUUGUGUAAUAUCACUUAUUACGAACUAUUGACAAUCAGAGUGGCAACUUCAUAUUUUCUUUUUCAUUUUUUUUUUUUUUUUUUUUUUUUUUUUUUUUUUUUUUUUGUCUGUCUUUUUUCUUUCUUACCUGCUAGUUAUUUAUGUUGGAGUAGGAAAUUAAGAUUUCCUUCCUUUUUUAUAUUAUAUUUUCAUGUAUUUACUCUGAUUUGUUUAUUGAGAGACGAGGAGGCCAGGGGAGGAGAAAGGGGGGCCCUUGCUUUGUGUAAAUUUGGUUGGGGGGUGUUGUACAAGAUUUGAUUUAUAAAACUUGUAUUAAUCUUGUUAAAAAGGAUGUUCCAGGAUUAUUCAUCUGCAAUUUUGUU